UAGUGAUGUUCAUUUAAAGAGUUUAAGAUUAAUAAAAUAGUUCAUAUGUUUUAUGCUGUGAGGUUGUUUUUCAAUUGUAAUUUUCUUAGUAGAAAUAUUUCUUUUCUCGCAUCUCUUACUAAUAAUCCAUUAUCAAUUAAAAAGGUUAAACGAGUUGGAAGGGGGCCUUCAUCUGGGAAAGGGAAAACAUGUGGAAGGGGACAUAAAGGUCAAAAGGCUAGGAGUGGAAAUAAUAGAGUUAAACCUGGAUUUGAAGGUGGACAGACACCUCUCACUAGAUUGUAUCCAAAACGUGGAUUUGUAAAUGUGAAUUCAAAAGAGUUUUCUCCAUUAAAUCUUCGACGUUUGCAAAUAUGGAUUAAUAAUGGAAGAAUAGAUGCAAAAAAGCCUAUUACCAUGAAAGACCUUUAUGAUUCUAAUAUUAUUCAUGGAAUAAAGUCAGGUGUUAAGUUACUAGCUAGUGGCAAAGAAUUUUUUAAUACACCUAUAGAAAUAGAAGUUUCAAAAGCUUCAAGAGAAGCUAUUAAAAAGAUUGAAUCUACCGGGGGGAAGAUUACUUGUGUAUAUUAUAAUUCUUUAGGACUAAAGGUACAUCUUCAUCCAGAAAAUUUCAAAAUUAUUCCUAAACAAGCUCAACCAAUUAGUAGAUCUAAUAUUCAAUAUUAUAGAGAUAAAAACAAUCGAGGAUAUUUGGCAUCUACUUGAUAUAUAUAUAUAUAUAAUUUUUAAUGCUAAUAAAUGGAUAAUUGAU